AUGUCUGCAAGGAUGAGAAACCAAAUGGGAAGUAGGCACGCUGGUUCCAAAGUAAGGAAGGUCCUUAGAAACUUAACCCAUAUCACUGAAAACAUCAUGAAAGUGGUGAACCAAGGAAACCGUAAUUCUGACCUUGACUCUUAUAGCGAAGUUUUUAAGAGAGUUACUACAGCCAAACCACUUGUUUACCUAGGGAAAGAGGAUCCAGCCAGUCUUGAAAGCUGGAUUAGGGAGUUUGACAAGUUGUUUGAUGCUAUUAAUUACCCAAGUGAGCUGAGGGUGAAUAAUGGUUAUUACUAUCUGAGGAAGGAAGCUGACUUAUGGUGGGUCCAAAGAAAGGAUGAGUUGUUAAAGAAACCAAACUUUGGGUGGGAUGAGUUUAAGGAAGCCUUGAGGGAGAAGUUUUACCCUUCUUACCUGAGAAAGCAGAAGUCUAUGGAGUUUACUAACUUGAGAAUGGGGAACAUGUUUAUCAAUGAGUACUAUAACAAGUUCAUUGAGUUGAUGAGGUUUGCCCCGGAAGUAGUUCCCACUGAAACCAUUAAAGCUCAGAGAUUUGAGCAAGGCCUAACCUUGACCCUCCAAGGGAAGCUAGGGGGAGUUACUUUUGAGACCCUAGAUGAAUUUUGUUUGAUUCGUGCAUCCCAUUCUUUUAUUUCUAAGAGAGUGGUUGGAAGUCUUCGGUUGGGGAGUCCUGAAUCAGUUUCUCUAGAUGUGUCUAUUCCGCCAGGGAAAGUGAGGAAUUGUUCCAAGUUGUUUAGGAGUCUACCUCUCUCCAUUUAUGGGGUAGUGUUUCUGUCGGAUUUCAUCGAGUUUUAUUUGAAGGAUCUUGAUGUGAUUCUGGGUAUGGAUUGGUUGGGAAAGUAUGAAGCCAAGAUUGACUAUGCAGGUGAAAAGGUUACGUUGAAUAGCCCAAGUAAAACUAGAGUGACUUACAAAAAGGAAGGGAAGAACUCAUGGUUAAGACUUAUUUCUGCAAUGCAACUACAGAAGUUUGUUAAGAAGGGUUAUCCUCUUUUUAUGUGCAGUGUUCAAGAAGUUGGAAGUGAGGAAGAGAAGAGUAAGGGAAGUAUUCCGGUUAUAGAAGAGUUUCCUGAUGUAUUUCCAGAUGAGAUUCUUGGUAUGCCACCAGUGAGGGAUGUUGAGUUCACUAUCAACCUAGUGCCUGUUACUGGACCUAUUUCUAAGGCUCCAUAUAGGAUGUCUUCAGCUGAGAUGAAAGAGUUGAAGACUCAGUUGGAGGAUUUGUUGGAGAAAGGCUACAUUCGACCUAGUUCCUCACCCUGGGGAGCUCCAGUGUUGUUUGUAAAGAAAAAGGAUGGAAGCUGGAGUGUUUUUGAAGAUAGAUUUGAGGUCAGGUUAUCACUAGUUGAGAUUGCGGAGCAAGAUAUUCCAAAGAGUGUUUUCAUGAUCCGUUAUGGUCACUAUGAGUUCACAGCUAUGCCGUUUGGUUUGAUCAAUGCACCAUCAGUGGAUAAAGAGGAGCAUGAGGAGCAUUUGAGACAAGUUCUGUCAUGUCUAAGAGAGCACCAGUUGUAUGCUAAGUUGUCAAAGUGGUAUUUGAAUGGAAGGCAAAGGAGAUGGUUGGAAUUUCUCAGUGAUUAUGAAUUGGACAUUCAAUAUCAUGAAGGAAAAGCUAAUGUUGUAGCAGAUGCUUUGAGUAGGAAGUCAGAACACUCGAUGAAUGUAAUGGCAGUGUCAGAUCAGUUGUGUGUGGAAAUCUAG